AUGCAUGUCGGACACAUGGUGCCCUUUAUGGCGCUGAGUUGGAUGUACAUCCACGGAUACUCCGCUACCUUCCUACUGGGUGGCGCCACUGCCAGGAUUGGUGAUCCCGAGGGCCGCCUCACAGCGCGGCAGGAAGUCUCGAGAACAACGCGCAACGCCAAUGUCGCACUGAUGCACACUCAGCUCACGCGCUUUGGCGAGCUAAUGGAGCGUUAUGCGGAGCGGAAGGGUUAUAAACGCGAGUGGUCCUGGCGUAGGGCCAUGCUCAACAAUGCCACUUGGCACCAAAAGUUGUCGUGGAGUGACCUGUUGCGCGAUAUGGGACAAUACGUGCGACUCGGACCGAUGCUGGGCAGGGAUAGCGUCAAGAACCGGAUGGAGCAUGGCGAUGGGAUGAGCUUUGCCGAGUUUUCGUACCCUUUGAUUCAGGCGUGGGACUGGUGGCACAUGUUUAAAACGGGCGUGCAGGUGCAGAUUGGUGGAGCGGACCAAUUUGGGAACAUCUUGCAGGGUGCGGAGGCGGUGAAGGCGACGGCGAAGAACAACGUGGAGUGGCUUCAAAAGAUGGAUAUGGAGCUGAAGAGUGUGCAGGAAAGAGCAAAGGUCGAAGUCAGCGAAGAACCCAUGGGCUUUACGGUACCACUGUUGACAACCGCGAACGGUGAGAAAUUUGGGAAGAGCGCAGGCAACGCGGUGUGGCUGGAUGCUGGCAUGACGAGCGUUUUUGAGCUCUAUGCGUUCUGGCUCAAGACUGCCGAUGCGGAUGUGGAGAAGUACCUCAAGCUCUUUACAUUCUUGCCGCUCGAAGAAAUCGGCACCAUCAUGUCGGAGCAUGUUAAGGACGAGUCGAAACGUCAUGCUCAGCACACCCUGGCCUUCGAGUUCACCACCCUCGUUCACGGCGUGGACGCUGCAAACGAAGCGUCUUUGCAGCAUCACCAGCUCUUCAAGAAAGACAAGACGCUCAGUGAGAUCCUUGAGCUGACCAAAAAGCAAUCGGAGGGGCAACAGGCACCGGAUGGACAUCCAAGCACCACCAAGAACGCCAAGCCGCAAGGUCUCGAAAAGUACAGCACCGUGCAGGCCGAGCUGCCGCGGAGCGUUGUGAUGGAGAAGCCGCUCUCGCACGUGCUAUGGUCGGCUGAACUGGCAGCAUCCAAGAGCGAGGCGCAACGACUGAUCAACAACAAGGGCGCGUACAUUGGUGCCGGCUCCACUGGAACCAGUCCCAUGGGUGACUCGCUCACGUAUUCGGCCAUUUUAGAUCCAGGCUGGAACUGGUGGAAAAAAUUCAUUAUUGACGACAACCUCCUCGUCUUGCGUACGGGCAAAUGGCGGGUCAAGAUCAUCAACAUUGUGUCAGACGAGGACUUCAAAGCCAAGGGCCUCAGUUGUCCCGGGUUUGGCCAGGAGGAUAGCCUUGGCGAUGGCACAGACGGCUUGAGAGACGCAGACGGCGUGUCUAACGAGAGCAAAAGACGACCAGGCAGGGAUAAGGGCUCCAGAAGUCCGUAUGCGGUCGAUUCAAGGUUUCAAAGAGGAUGGCAGGAUGGGAGUAGGGCACGCCAUUGA